GGGGGCCGCGUGUGGCGCCGGCGGGGGGAAGGGCCCUUGGCUGCUGUGGGUGCAUGAUCCCUGCUGGGGGGCAGGCUCCGGCUGCGCUUAAUUCUGCUGAGCCGUAGCAUCUGGGGAAUUCAUUUUGUAACUGCAUCCAUGUACGUGCGAUUGUCUUCUUUGGGGGGGAUCUAGGGUGGUGGUCUGAAGAGCCGCGUUUACUGUAGCGGCAGUUGUGGGGAUUUCAAGGGCUGGUCGUACUUGCUUUGUGUUUUGUGGGGGUUCGUGGGUUUUUUUAGGCGCUCUGAAGAGCCGCACUGCUUCUGCUGAACUGUGGAUCUUCUACGGUUGUCAUUGUUUGCCUUGUGGGAGGGCAGCUGGUGGCCCUGCAGGAAGGCGCUCAGGUUGUGUCGGAGGAGGGCUGUGGGUCGGCCUUGCUGUGACUUCCUUCCAGCGUAGGUUAGUUUUUCUCCGGUGUCUCUGAUGCCAGAACAAGGCCCCAGAAUGAACGGUUUCUCUCUGGGCGAGCUGUGCUGGCUGUUCUGCUGCCCGCCGUGCCCCAGCCGCAUCGCUGCCAAGCUGGCCUUCCUGCCCCCGGAGCCCACUUACACCGUGCUGCAGCCCGAGCAGCAGCAGCAGGAGGCCGGGGCGGCAGCCGGGGCGGGGACCCCGACGGGCUCCGGCACCUGCAGCCUGCACUUGAGCGAGCGGGCGGACUGGCAGUACUCGCAGCGGGAGCUGGAUGCUGUGGAGGUGUUCUUCUCCCGCACGGCCCGGGAUAACCGCCUGGGCUGCAUGUUCGUGCGCUGUGCCCCCACCGGCCGGUACACGCUGCUCUUCUCGCACGGUAAUGCUGUGGACCUGGGCCAGAUGUGCAGCUUCUAUAUCGGCCUCGGCUCCCGCAUCAACUGCAACGUCUUCUCUUACGACUACUCUGGCUACGGGGUGAGCACUGGCAAGCCCUCUGAGAAGAACCUCUACGCGGACAUUGAUGCAGCCUGGCAGGCCCUCAGGACAAGGUAUGGUGUGAGUCCUGAGAACAUCAUUCUGUAUGGGCAGAGUAUUGGUACUGUCCCCACAGUGGACCUGGCGUCUCGGUACGAGUGUGCAGCAGUCAUCCUUCACUCUCCCUUGAUGUCUGGCCUUCGGGUAGCUUUUCCUGACACCAGGAAAACCUACUGCUUCGAUGCUUUCCCAAGCAUUGACAAGAUCUCUAAAGUCACCUCUCCUGUGCUGGUGAUCCACGGGACUGAAGAUGAGGUCAUCGACUUCUCCCACGGCCUGGCCAUGUACGAGCGAUGUCCCCGCGCGGUGGAGCCCCUCUGGGUGGAAGGAGCUGGGCAUAAUGACAUAGAGCUUUAUGCACAAUACCUAGAGAGACUAAAACAGUUCAUAUCUCACGAACUUCCCAACUCCUGAAGAAGCUUCCCUGGUUUUACCUCAGUUACUGUGAACGGAAGGAAUGCCCUGGUUUUGCACAUGCUUUAACUGGAUAGCUGUCAGAGCUUUAUACUAUGAAGAGCCACCCUGGCUCCAGGGUGUUCCGAUCCAACAGCUGACGACAUUUGUCUUUUAUACCUGGAAAUUACUCUCCUCAUGCACACAAAUAUGGUCAACUACUGUAAUUCCAACAAUUUUUAGCUUUGUUGCCCUGGAGGAAGUGGGAAUCCUAGCUGCUUAUGGGGACACUUUUUACCUAGUGCUGUGUUAACCCAAGAUCGGUUUUCUCUGGCUCACUUCAGAUCCUUUAUCAUUCAGUCCUACAAAGACUUUUUUCCCCACGGUGUUCUCAGCAACUGUUGGAGCUGCAGCUUGUUUUGAACAAUCAGUCAAGGGUUCAAUCCAAGGGAGUGCUUUCUCUGUAAAGUUUCUAGCUGUGGUAUUGUAACUGGAAAGUUAUUGUGAUAAAGUUUCCCCCUCCUCCCCCCUUCUAGUGUUCUUUUGUUAACUUACUGAUCUUCCCCAGUAAAUUAUUUAAAUACUCUUUUUUGUUUUCCUUCCUGAAAACAAACUACUCGAUGGGGCUAAACUCUGUAACGACCUCUCCAUUAUUGUGUAAAGGUAACUGGAAUAUUCUUAAAGGAACUAGGGAGAAAAUCGCUUUUGUCUAAAAACAAAUGUGUAAAUUUGCUACUAGAAGACUCCUUUUACUAUUGGGAUUGUCUGAACAAUAGCCAUAAGAGCCAUCUCCUGUAAAGCAUUCCUGUAGACUUUUUAAAAGUACUGUACAUACUGGAAUUUACAUUGUGCAUAGGUUCUUAAUUCGUAGUUUUAAUUUAAAGCCUAGUUACAAGAAACGGCAGAAUCCCGGUUUGUAUAUGAUUGAAUACAUUUUGUUAAGAUAUGGUUUUUAUCCCUACAUUAUUUUGCUAUUAAAGUUUUAUAAAAGUUUCCAGGACAGAAAAAAAAAAGUUAAAAAAAAAAGAGUACACAUUUCUGUUUUGAUGAAUUUCUGUAAGUAAAGUUUCAUUGAGCUGAUCUCUUUAGUUGAGAAGUGAUUUGAUUCUCUGACACUGGAGUCGCACAGCCGAAGCAUCAGAAAUGCAAGACACUUACCAAUUGUUACACUACUAGCAUAGGUCUAACUUCUCCAAAUUCCAAGGCCUUAAAUGUACUGUAAAGCCUCAGAUCGUUGUAUAAAUUGAUCAUGGUCGAUUGCAGUUUGUGUCCUGUUGCUGGAAUGCAACACAGUGAUUGUAACGGAAUAAAGGAUGCAUGGAUUAGA